AUGGAGAAUAUGUUUAGACUGAGCUUCUUGAUAGUCUCCCUGUUUGCCCGCUGUUAUGUUCUGGAGGCAGUUCCAAACAGUUUGAAAAGUCCACAGCGGCUUCCGGCGAGUCAGCUACAAUUUGUACCAGCGAAAAAGUUUCCGUAUCCUCUUAAGGAGCCAAUUAGCAAGCCUAACACAAGAGUUAAAACAGUCGCCGUAUACUGUCACGAGGACUACAUUGAGAUUCUGGUGAAAGCGGAUCUUUUUGGCCUCGGUAUCCCUAUCGAUGUGACAGACCUCAGACUCGGAGCUGACAGCCAACCCGGGGCGGCGUGUUGGGGUAGAGUCGUCUCUCCUGAAGAAUACAUUAUUGCGGUCGCUCUCACAGACUGUGGCAUGCGACACUGGAUCACAGAUGACUCCUUGAUCUACACUAACCUAUUAGUCUACUCUCCUACACCUACUCCUGACGGACUGAUUAGAAUGGAGGAAGUCGUGAUUCCUGUUGAAUGCCAUUACGGCAGGAGGUUCGAGUUGAGCAGUAACUCUGUCCAGCCGACAUGGAUAGCGUUCACUUCGACCCAGUCUGCCGUGGACACACUGGACUUCUCUCUGACGCUUAUGACAAGUGACUGGCUGUCGGAGCGGGUGUCCAAAGUGUAUUUCCUGGGUGAUUUUAUAAACAUUCAGGCAUCGUAUCAAAUGGGAUACCACACGGAACUGCGUGUUUUUGUGGAGGAAUGUGUGGCCACCAUCUCUCCUGAUCUAAACUCUGUGCCGCGAUAUGUCUUCAUCCAGAACCAUGGUUGUCUAACGGACAGUCUGCUGACUGCAUCCCGUUCCCGAUACCUGCCUCGUGUGCAGUCAGAGAAACUCCGCAUACAGCUGGAUGCUUUCCGCUUCCAUGAGGAGGAGAGUUCGGAGAUUUACAUUACGUGUCACCUGAGGGCCUACCCAGUCACAGACAACACAGAACCAGAGUCCAGGGCCUGCUCUUACAGUGAUGGCAGAUGGACGUCUGCAGAUGGGGAGGACUGGCGUUGUGACAGCUGCCAGCCUCAGGAUCAAACUCUACAGUAUUCUGGAACCCAUCCGUAUUCUGGAACACAUCAGUAUUCUGGAAUGCCCUUGAGGCCUAGAAUGCAGAGUCCAGCUCAGUUUGAGAGAAUACGGCCAUCUGCAACAUCACGGAACGUAUUUGGGCAAGAUGCCGCAGUAGGACCUUUGUCAGUCUUUUCCAAGAAGCAUAAGCUUGGCUCUUUGGCUCCCCCUGCUGGACAGGAGGCCAUUCCUGCAUUAUCUCCCAGUAAAGGGGACAGGAGACCCAUCCCACACAGCAGCCUCUGGAAAAACGGCAAAAACGCCAAGAUGGAUAAACAGCCCUUUGCACCGCACGGCAGAGCGAUGAGCAGUGCUAACAAACUGGACGGCGUUUCUGUGCCCUCGUGGCUGAUGGCGUUGGAACACUUAAUCGAUUCUCCAACUAUAGAUCCCAUAACUACAGCAGCGUCAGCAGAGAGAGAGGAUCCACCUGGCUCGGAACACGCUGGGAAAGACAGCAGCGUUCCCAUUCCAAGAACACUGGACCCCGGUGCAAAGGACGAACAGGAAGAGUCCAAAGCAUCUCCUCCCCCCUCUCCUACGACCACCUUCAGCACCAAAGACACGAGCCCAGAGAAAUGA